CGUUGCACGCGAUGUUUGGAAAAAUUAGAGGAUUGACUAAAACAUUGGAUAGCGAACUGCGAAUUUGCGUUGUUAUGAAAUGCAAAUAGAGAGGUGUGGUUUUCAUGAAAUGGGGAAAUUGGAGUGACAGCUGUACAGUUAAGGGUUAAAGCUUAGGCCGCUGUGGCUCAAUACUAUUCUUAUUUCCUCUAAUGUUCACAGAAAAUAUGGGCGAACAUCUCAUAGUUAGAAAACAGUUACAGAGAUGAACUGCAUCCGUUACAAACCAACGGUUCCCAUCCUGUAUAGUCGUUUACUUAGUGUUGUUAAUUUACUAUGAAAUGCACUAAAAACAUACGAAUGAAAUGUAGUAACACAAACUCAUCAGUAGCUUGUAUUCAGAAUAAAACAUUUCAGGAAAUGCGUGUCUUAUGAAUAUGAAAACGCAGUAAAAACCGGACAUUGGCUACUGUAUAAUAUUUGAAACAUUGACGUGGCUGUAGGCGGCGCGCACGCACAGCUGUCAACAUCACCUGACGCCAUGACGUCACACAUCACCCAAAAUGGCGGAACAUCAACAACAACAACAAACAGAAGGACAGGCCGAUGAAGACGAGGCGUUCGAGAUGCUGGAUCUCAGCACAUACGCUCGCAGUCACCAGUGGUGGAACACCGUGAUCGGGAACAACUCCGGCCCGAUGGCAGAGAAAUACUCUGUGGCCACUCAGAUCAUGAUGGGCGGAUUCACGGGCUGGUGUGUGGGAUACCUGUUCCAGCGAGUGGGAAAGAUCACCGCUACUGCAGUCGGUGGAGGAUUCCUGCUGUUACAGAUCGCUAAUCAUAGCGGCUACGUCCAAGUGGACUGGAAGAAAGUGGAGAAAGAUGUAAACAAAGCCAAGAGGCACCUGAAGAAAAAAGCCAAUAAAGCCACACCUGAGAUCAACACGUUUAUUGAGGAGGCUUCUGAAUUUGUGAAGAAAAACAUUGUCGUUUCCAGUGGAUUUGCUGGCGGCUUCUUGCUCGGCCUCGCCUCUUGAGUGCUUCUGUGACGUCCCAUCA